AUGGAAAACGAGACAGUAAGUGAACUGAACCAAACACAGCUUCAGCCUCGGGCAGUGGUGACCCUAGAAUACCAAGUGGUCACCAUCUUACUCGUGCUCAUUAUUUGUGGUCUGGGCAUCGUGGGCAACAUCAUGGUAGUCCUGGUGGUCCUGAGAACCAAGCACAUGAGGACCCCUACAAACUGCUACCUGGUGAGUCUAGCAGUAGCUGAUCUCAUGGUCCUGGUGGCCGCAGGCCUCCCCAACAUAACGGACAGUAUCUACGGUUCCUGGGUCUAUGGCUAUGUGGGAUGCCUCUGCAUCACUUACCUCCAGUACUUGGGCAUUAAUGCCUCCUCUUGUUCAAUCACAGCCUUUACUGUUGAGAGGUACAUAGCAAUCUGUCACCCCAUCAAAGCCCAGUUUCUCUGCACAUUUUCCAGAGCCAAAAAGAUCAUCAUCUUUGUCUGGGCUUUCACAUCCAUUUACUGUAUGCUCUGGUUCUUCUUACUGGAUCUCAAUAUUAGCACCUAUAAAGAUGCUAUUGUGGUGUCCUGUGGCUACAAGAUCUCCAGGAAUUACUAUUCACCUAUUUACCUAAUGGACUUUGGUGUCUUUUAUGUUGUGCCAAUGAUCCUGGCCACGGUCCUCUAUGGAUUCAUAGCUAGGAUCCUCUUCUUGAAUCCCAUUCCUUCAGAUCCUAAAGAAAAUUCUAGAACAUGGAAAAAUGAUUCAACCCAUCAGAACAAGAAUUCGAAUUCAAAGACCUCUAAUAGAUAUUUCAACAGCACAGUAUCUUCAAGGAAGCAGGUAAGCAAAUCUGAACCUCUAAGUCCACCAAGUAGGUAUGGGAGAGAUGGGAUCCCUUAUGACAUGGGAUCAACUUUGCCCUCCUUAGCUGAUGGCAAAACCAGAAUAUAAUCAUGCAGAUAUUUCACAGUGUAAGCUUCUGCUUUACAUAUUAAAUCCAUCUCUAAAACAACUGAAGAUCUAAAAAUAGUUGGGAAACUUGAUGGUACAUCUGCAGGCACCAGUUCCAAUGCCAUUAAGGAAUAAGGAAAUACAAAAAGAGACCCGAGAAUUCCACCUUUAACUGUUUGUGCCUCUCUGAGAAAAGUUCUGAAAAUAUUUAGACCAUUUCUGGCUUCCAUAGGGAACAGCUGAGUAUUUUUAAGAAUUCUAUUGUCUGACAAAGAUUUGACAAGAUAGUUUGAGAAAAGAUGAGUCAAAACAAUAGUGAGAGUGAGGGAAGUUCCUGGGCUUUUUUUCUUUCCUUCUUUCUUUCUUUCUUUUUUUAAUUUUAGUGGAGAAAGAUUCUAUCACCUUCUCCUCCAGGUCCCUGCAAACUGCCCCAGCCUGCAGAAGCUCAAAAUAUACUCUACUCAGGAAACAUUCUAAUAAAAAGUCUAACACCAA